AUGGCGCAGCCCAUCACCCACCCCGUCGCCGUGCUGGCCAAGGUCGAGGACCCGGCGCUGCAGGCGCGCAAGUCCUACGACGCCGGCAAGGAGUACGGCGCCGACGUCAAGGUGCGCGACGCCGACGUCGAGAGCGCCGACCCCAAGGGCGAGCAGACCGGCCUCGACUACUCGGGCUUCAAGGGCAAGACGGACCCCGCCGAGAUCAAGCUCGUGCGCAAGAUGGACAUCUACAUCAUGCUCUCGCUCUGGAGUAUGUACUGGCUCAACUACCUCGACCGCAAUGCGAUUGCACUGGCCAAGCUCAGCUCGAUUGAGGCAGACCUCGGCCUCUCGGACACACAGUACCAGACGGCCGUCAGUAUCCUGUUCGUCGGAUACGUGAUCUGCGGUGUUCCCUCGAAUAUGAUCAUCACGAAGGUCCGCCCAGCGCCCUUCCUCGUGGGAAUCAUGAUGCUUUGGGCCGUCAUCUCGAUCUGCACGGCCUUCUCGGGCUCGUUCGGCGGCCUCGUGGCCACGCGCUUCUGCCUCGGUGUCGUGGAGGCUCCCUACUACCCCGGCGCUCUGUACAUCCUUUCGUCGUUCUACACAAGAACCGAAGUCGGCACUCGCAUCGCUAUCCUGUACACGGGCAACAUUCUCGCCACCUCGUUCGCCGGUCUGAUCGCCGCCGGCAUCUUCGAGCUCGACGGUGUGCUUGGCUACGCCGGCUGGCAGUGGCUUUUCAUCAUCCAGGGCUCCGUCACCGGCCUCGUCGCGCUGCUCGCCUACCCCUUCCUGCCCAACACGCCCGGCACGACGCGCUGGCUCUCGCACGAGGAGCGCGAGAUGGCCGUCAACCGUCUGCUGCGCGACCAGGUCGACAUGGACGUGCAGCAGGGCUCGGCCAUGGCCGGUCUCAAGCAGGCCGUGCGCGACCCGCGCGUCUGGCUCUUCUGCCUCAUGCAGAACCUGCACCUCAGCGCCAACGGCUUCAAGAACUUCUUCCCCUCGGUCGUCAACACGCUCGGCUUCUCGCGCCUCAUCACUCUGGUGCUCACGUGCCCGCCGUACCUCAUCGCCGGCGUGGUCUCAGUGCUCGUCUCGCUCUCGUCGGGCCGCUUCAACGAGCGCACGUACCACAUCCUCAUCUGCAAGCUCGUCGCCACCGUCGGCUUCGUCACUGCCGCUGCUGCCUCGCCGAGCCAGACGGCCGGCCGCUACGUCGCCAUGUGCAUCUUCACCAUCGGCACGUACGGCGUCAACUCGAUCGUGCUCGGCUGGGCCUCGACCGUCUGCUCGCAGAGCAAGGAGAAGAAGGCCGUUACGAUCGCAAUGAUGACCUCGUGGUCGAACGCGAGCUUCAUCUACACGCCCUACCUCUUCCGCAACGCCGACAAGCCGCGCUACGCCCUCGCCAUGGGUGCCAUGGGCGUCUUCUCGCUUCUCUGCGCCGCCACGGCCUUCUGGAUGAAGUGGAUCCUCGUGCGCCAGAACCGCACGCUCGAGGCCACCACCAAGUACCCCUACUAG